CUCGUUUCUUCACGCGUGCUAGCUGCUUGCUUGCUGUCUCGCUUUUCCAAAGCUGUCAAAAUCCCUAAGCAAGCAGAGAUUAUCACAUUCAUUCAAUAAUUUUUAAUUGAUGACACUUAAUUUAAUGAGUGUGUUUCUUUUAGAAUUAAUAAAAAUGUGCCCUAAUUGACCUGAACCCAGAAAAAACGAGGAACGACUAUAUCCUAUACAGACAGCUUGAAAGAUAUAGCCGGAGGGUCGUGAAAUCUGGACUGCUCAGAACGGACACCGCAGAGGUAUUAGCUCAAAAUGAAUUACAACGCAGAGGCCCCGCAGCAGGAGCGACCCUCAAAAAUAGUCAGGUUUGACAAGGGCUAUGUGCAAACUGUGCCGGGGAUACUCAAACUUGUUCAGUUGGCAUGUAAUUUCAUAGGUUUUAUAUGCAUCAAAAUAUCCUGGUCAUGGGUGUCAGCAAUUUUCUACAAUAUACUGUACUGGGUCGGUAUUAUAAUAACCGCAGGACUUCUCUUCAUGUACACGUUCCACUUUGUGGAGAAGUUCGACAGGUGGCCAUGGUAUAAGCUAGAGUUUGCAUACUGCAUCCUCAUGAGUCUGACGUAUAUCGGAUGUUCAAUAUUUGCCUCAACUAUUGGGGAAAGUGUGGGAUAUGCCGUUGGGUUCUUCGGUCUAUGCGCAAUCAUAGCGUAUGGAUUUGAUGCAUACUUGAAGUACAAGGCGUGGAAGAGAGGGCUGCCACCACAGUAAUAUGUAAGAUCUUUUACUAACAACUCCACUAACAUAUUGACCUGGUUUUCUAUACUUAAAUAAUAAUAAAUCUUAAAUAUGAAAGAUGCCAGUGUCAAAACCUAUUUCAGUCUUUGUUUAAGAUUAUUCUAGUUUUUCUGUUUAGGAUCAAAGUAUUGAUUGACUAUUUCUAAGUUUAGUAACUCUUUUUAGUGAGCAAACCAACAUUUAUCAAAAUUUCAUAACACAAAUAUUUAAGAACUAGUUAUGGUUUGAGCACCUAUCAUGGAUUAUGGAUAGUUUAUGUUGUUUUUAACCAUUGUAAAGGAAGUUAUUCCUAAUGAGAGACUUAUAUAAAGAUCUCAAUAUAAUAUCCAUGAAACAUAAGAUCCAUAGAGAAAUCUAUAGUCUAUCUCUUUGGAAGUUUUAUAUUGCUUGCUAUAGCUUUAUAAGUGCCUUCUCUGUGUGCCUAUAUUUCAAUAUCUGACUUAAAAUCGAAUGGAUUUAAAACGUAGUUACAUUAUAUCUCCGGAGAGUUAUAUACAACAUACUUAACGUAUUUUUAUAAAAUGUUUUGUGAAUUUAUCACAUACUUACCUUUUGUACAUAAGAUAACCAAACAAUAUACUUACAAAAUAAUAUAUGCCAUGUAUAUUUUUAAAUGUUUUACUAAUAUACAUAUAAAAGAUAACCCACCAUAUUUUUUGGAUAGUUAUAAACCUAAUGUUACAAUGGGUCCAAUAUUUUUGGGCAUUUAAUUUUUAAAGACUUUUAUAUCUUCAAAAAAAAAAUUGAGGUGUAUGCGUUUAAAAUGCAUUAAGAUAAGCUUAUUAUUAUAAUAAUCAUUGUUUAUGUAAGUGUAGAUUAAUUGAAGUCACAUUUGUUAUGAUUUUAAGUAUUAUUUUGUGUAUUAAAUUUUAUUUUUAUAAGUUAAUCAAAGGACUUUGUACCUGUGUAACCAUAGGAAUAUUUGUUGACAGUUUUCCAGUUAAUUUUUCACUUAAACAAUGUUAACACAUAAACUUAUCGUUUAUUGAUAACCAGUGUUGAGCAAUCAAAGAUCUGCACUUGAAUUCGUUUGAACUUCAGUUUUUACGAUUAUGUGGACAGAUUGCCCUUUUUAUGUAUUUCACUAUAAUAUUAUGAUUGAUAUAAAUACUGCUUUAUGUGGCAUAUUAAAACUGGCUUAUCGCUUAUGAGUCAUCGUUGCAUUUUAGUGAUGGUUGUUAUAUGAAUAAAUGUAUAGGUACUUUUAUAACUAGAUUCAUCUUUAAAAGAUUUUUCAAUUUUUAGGGUUCCGUAGCCAAAAUGGCAAAAACGGAACCCUUAUAGUUUCGUCAUGUCCGUCUGUCCGUCUGUCCGUCUGUCCGUCUGUCCGUCUGUCACAGCCGAUUUACUCGGAAACUAUAAGUACUACAGUGAUGAAAUUUGAUGGGAAUAUGUGUUGUAUGAACCGCUACAAAAAUAUGACACUAAAUAGUAAAAAAAAGAAUUGGGGGUGGGGCCCCCCAUACAUGUAACUGAGGGAUGAAAU